AUGGCGACACCCGCAAAUUUUGAUAUGGAUUUAGAAUACGCCAAAUUAAGAUUAGGGAUUACGUUUGAUCUGAAAGAAAAGCAAGUGCUUACAUUAAGAUCUUUGUAUGAGGGUAAAGAUACCCUGGCAGUAUUGCCGACUGGAUAGGGAAAGAGCGUGAUUUUCCAGUUACUUCCAUUUUUACUGCAAAAAAAGCAUGGUGCGGUCACACCAAUGAUAGUUUUGAUCGUAACCCAACUUAAUUCAAUUAUGCAAGACCAAGUUCAGCAUUUGGCCGAGAAUGGAAUUCCUUCAUGUUUCCUCAAUAUUGAAGGGGCUGGGGCUGUUCGAGUGAGUGAAGAAAGCAAGGAAGAUAAUGAAGUGCUCGUCUCAAGUGUUCCAUUACAAGAUAUUAAACAGGGAAAGUACUGUCUAGUGUAUGCCCACCCUGAGGCACUAGUAGAAAACAGAAAAAUUGGGGAAAUAUUACGAAGCAACAUUUACAAGGACAGAGUAUGCUGUACUGUUAUUGAUGAAGUACACAUGAUAUCUGAAUGGGGUAAAGAUUUUGGGAAUUCCUUCCAUAAACUUGGGCGACUAACUUGUAUCUAUCCAGAUGUACCCCAUUUAGCACUGACUACAACAGCAACAAAAAUGGACAUACAGAAUUUGUGCAGCAUUCUUGAAUUUAGGAAUCCAACAUUGGUAGUCCAAAAUCCAGAUAGGCCCAAUAUAUAUUUUAAAGUUAGGGAAAGAUUACCCAAUAUUAAAAGAUAUGAAAAGUAUGACCGAAUUCUGAAAGACCUUUGUUCUGAGUUGAAGGAUAAGAUGUCAGACUUUCCUGUAACAAUAGUCUACUGUGAUAAGUUGGAGUCAAUUGGUUACAGCUACAUGUAUGCUGAUCAAGAAUUUGGUUGUAAGGCAUAUAUACCAGCAAGCAGUCAAGUCCCAGAGAACAGGGUCUUUGCCCAGUAUCACAAAAGUUACAGUGAAAAAAUGAAACAAAUCAUCGUAUCUGAACUAACAAAAUUAAAUCCAAAUAUAAGACUUGUCUUUGCAAGCGUUGCACUUGGAAUGGGAUGGAAUGCUUCUGCAGUGUCAAGAAUUAUCCAUUUCCGUCCUCCAACAACACUUGAAUAUUUACAAGAAGUUGGCAGGGUUGGUCGUUAUGGGCAAAAUGCAACAGCAAUUCUGUAUUAUAAUAACAGUGACAUAGCUAGUAAUCACAAAGGAUUUUAUCCUACUGUCAAGGGGUUUGUUAAAAAUACAGAAACAUGUUUGCGAAACAUUUAA